UUAAGAUCAUCCGAUUCCGGAUAAGGAAGUGACGUCCAGAUUUACAAUUGAUCAUCGCAGAUUAAGAAGUCCUGUCAUUUAACCUUAUUUUUGUAGUCGUUUUAGGUUUAUGUGUUUAUAUUAUCAUUAUGGUAUUGUUGAAGAAGACUUCCCAUCAAAAGAUUCAAUGAAAAUUACGAAAUAAGUGUCGUUCAAGUGUGUCCGCCAUUUUUUGCUGACAUUUUUAAAUAGAAUGGCGAAAAAGACAUAUGAUUUACUAUUUAAGCUGCUUCUUAUUGGCGAUUCUGGAGUAGGCAAAACGUGUUUACUGUUCCGAUUCUCUGAUGAUGCGUUUAACACCACAUUUAUUUCCACCAUAGGUAUUGACUUUAAAAUAAAGACUGUAGACCUUGGUGGAAAGAAAAUAAAGCUGCAGAUAUGGGAUACUGCUGGCCAGGAGCGUUUCCACACAAUCACAACCUCCUACUACCGGGGCGCCAUGGGCAUCAUGCUCGUGUACGACAUCACCAAUGCACGUACCUUCGAGAAUAUCUCCAAGUGGUUACGCAACAUUGAUGAGCAUGCGAAUGAGGAUGUGGAGAAGAUGAUUCUAGGGAACAAAUGUGAUAUGGAAGAUAAACGCCAAAUCUCAAAGGAACGUGGGGAGGGGAUUGCAAGGGAGCAUGGAAUUCCAUUCUUAGAAACCAGUGCAAAAGCUAAUAUUAAUGUAGAAAAAGCUUUCAUGGACUUAGCACAAGCCAUAUUGAAUAAGACACCAGGAAGAGAUUCACAGCAGGGCGGAGGUGGUGUAGACGUCCAUAGGGGUCAAGACAGUGGCCAGAAGAAGUGCUGUUAACUCUCACUGUGUCCUAGCUGUUUUUACUUCACCCCCUUUCCACAUAUACUGGUCACUGGUGCUUGAAUAUAUGGUGUAGUACGGUCAGGCAGUCUGUAGUAUGGCAGCCAAACAUAUGGGAACAAAAAAACACACUUAGUUCUGCACAGAAAAAAAGAGAUUUGACAUUGAUAUACAUGUUGGGGCUAUCUUAUCAAUGAUUUAAUCAAUGUUUCACUAAACACACAAGAUCAAGAAUAUCAAAUGAUGAAAUUGUACAGUGAAAACUCACUAAAUCGGACAUGGUCCGGACUGGGCAAAAUUUUCCGGUUUAGUGAGGAUUCCGGUUUAGUGAGGAUCUGAAGUUGACUCAAAAUAUUAACUGAGUUAACCUUUAGAGGGAAGUUGAAAACUGGAAUAAAAUGAAAAGGGACAGUUCAAUUCGUCGACGUCAAGACGGAGGUUGAGACAUGAUUAAAGCACAUGCAAAAGUGAUAAACAUAAUUAAACAUUUCUACGUCUUUAUAAUCAUCUUUUUUUAAAGUCUUAAAAUAAAACAACUCGCGUAAUUUAAUGCUUGUUAAGUAUGUUUGAUAGUUUAAUUAACGUACCGCUCUGAUUUGAUUCAAUCAUAGAAGUCUUUAGAUAAAACAACCCUCCAAAAUGAUCACUUAAUAACCGUUUCUAGUUCUUUAUUUUCUGCAACAAACAAAUUAAUGUUUUAAUCAAUUUUCUUUUCACUAGUUUGAUUAUCACGCGGCAGUCAAUCCUAAGCGCAAUCAUCAUUAUCGAUUAUCGAGUUGACACAACAUCACAGGUGCAAUAUUUAACGACGAAACAAAGUGACACGGGAUUUGCUAAUUCUUAAUACACAAUAUCAUUUUGACAUGUUUGAACAAAUAUACGUCCGGUUUUGGGAGAUAAAAUUACGUUAAAAUUUUCUCGAUUUUUUGUCCGGUGUCCGGAAUUCUGGGGUUCCGGUUUUGUAGGGAUUUUUUUACAUUGAAAAUAGAAGGGGAAAACCGAGACCCUGAAAAAAAACCCGGUAUCCCGAGGAUUCCGGUUUUGUGGAGAUCCGGUUUAGUGAGUUUCCACUGUAUUAGCACACAUUUAAUUGAAAGUUUUAUUGGCAAAAUAAAAUGAUCAAUUUUUUAGCCUUUAUUCUUAGAUUCUGUUUUGAAAAAUAUAUUGUUACAGCUCAAAGAUGCUGAUUGGAAGAAGUGGUUGAACAAUAUGCUUGUUUAUAAGAGUGUCCCAACGUGUGAUGUUAUAUGUGAAUAUAAAUGUUGUAAAUCAGGAUAGAAGUGAAAUUUGCUUUUGUUAAGAGUUUUAUUUAAAAAUUAGUUUACAGCAAAGCUAUUGUGAAAUUAAAAUGACAAAUGAUUUUAGUUGGUCAUCUUCCCAAUACAAUACAAUGGUGGUUUGUGGAAAAUUAUGCGUAUUCAUUUUUUUUAUUUCACAUGAAAAAGUUUAGCGGAUUAGAAAAACAGUUAAUUUGAGCUUUUAACUUUUGCUUUCUAUAUGGUUAUUUGAACCUUAAAAGGUUGUGGAAAAGUAGAUAUUUGUCCGCUUCAAGUAACAGCUUAACUAGAACAUUUGUUCAGUUUUACUUUAUAUAUAGUAUGGUAUUGUCUCUUAAAUGAUAAUGACACACAUUUUGGUGUACUUUCAGCUUUGAAUUAUUUAUUGAAAAGAGAUUUUAUGUAAACUACUCAAAGCUAAUUGAAUUGAGUACUGUAACCUGCGUUGUUUGGUACUGGCACUAUAGUUCAACUAUAGUUUACCACUUAUAUAAGCCAUUUUAUGCUAAUUCUAUUUCUUAGCUGAUGUUUAUAAGUCCGCAUGUUUAAUGGCAAACUGUGCAGUUGAAUAAUUAAUUUAGAAAAUGAUGUCAUAGAACUUGUCAAAUUCAUGAUUUGUUUUUGAUACAUGUAUUAAAUUUUAUAAAAUGUAUCGCACUGAGGCUAACAACAUAUUUGACAUUGGCUUGCUGACUGAAGUGGCUUUUUUAUCAUAAAUGUGUAGCUUUAUUACUUACUUAACAUGUCUUGAAAGCUUUAUUGGAAAUACUAAAUAUCCAAGGCAACAAUAUUUAGGCUUGGUAAUAUGCUCAUUUGGAAAGUUAAAUUUUGAUACGCCCGACAUAAGACGGGAUGAAUUUUGAAAUCACCUGCUGGCGACGUUCUAUAACCAUUUGGCUCUUGAAUUGCUUAAAUUUCUCAAACUUUUAUUUUGUCCAUGCUGCAAAUCGAGAAUCUUUUGUCUGAUUAUCACCAGACUUGGACAAUAUGUGUAUAGACAAAAUAUCUCUUCUAGCUUUGUAAAUCAGCAAUGUUGCCCUAGUCAUUAAGAGUUAUGGCCCUUGAAUAUCUUUCCAAGGUUUGGUCAUUAGCCAUGUUGCCCCAGUCAUUAAGAGUUAUGGUCCUUGAAUUGCUCUAAGUACACAAACUAGAAAAAGAAAUCAUAAUUUGAAUGGGUGUUUGCUACUCUUGGUUUAGAUUUUUUUUAUAAAGACCUGGUACCAUGUACUAAAGUGAGUGACUGUUCAGGUUGCAAUUAGCACUAGUGAUCAGAUGUGAUGUGUUCAAAACCAAUGGUUUACCUUGAAUUGUCAUAACUAGAAUAAUAAUAGUCACUGAAAUAACAAUUUUUCUGAUAUGUAAUCAUUCACAGAUUUUUUAUUGAUAUAUUGCUAUUUACUGUAAUUGAAUUUUAUUCUUAAGUUUUUGAGCUAAUAAUGAAUCAAUAAAAUACUCAAGUCUUAAGUUUACACAGAUGUCUUGUAUACCAUUGUCCAAUGUCCUAUCUCAUUCAUGCUGUAAAUAUUCAUAUUCCAAAUAUGGUUGCUGUCUGCAGAGUUCCUAUGAUGCCAGUAUAGAGACAAUUUCUGCUGUGGUCCGUAUGGAUUUUGUUUGGUGACUGUAUCUUUUAUUGUUGCUUAAUGUCACUUUCUAAGAAAGCAGGCUUUUAUUUGUUUUCUCAUGUCACGUUAACUUGAUCUGUCUUGUAAUGGAUUCAUCCAAUUGAUAAUAUGGCGUAACAAAAAAAUGUUUUGUUUCCGUUUUCCCGACCGACCAUAGUUUUUUUGCCAGCUGACAAAAUAAUUCUGACGUCUACUUUUUUCUCCUUUUGGAAUACGUUUUUGGUAGACGCGUAAAUGUAUCCAGACCAAAUCACAAUGGCUUUAAGUGUAAAAAUGAUAUAAGAAACAACUCACUAAAGAAAACCAAUAUCCUAACCUAACCUUUAUUUGUUGGCCGUGAAAUCGGAAAGAAUGAUUAUUUUUUUUACGCGGAAAGAAUGAUAUUUUUUUACGCGGUAUUAACUUAAAAGAUUUCCAAUGAUACAUUCUUCAUUUCAAUUUCAGACAUUUAAUUUUUCUUUUCUUGUUAAGCCUAGGUAAUAGUUCUAUUCACAAUACUAGGAUUUUCCACACACAGAUAUGUCAGGAUAUUUUCAAACUAUCUUUUAAACUUUAAUUUUCCUCAAUCAAGUGUUGUGUUUUUCGACUGACCCAUUCUCAAUCCAAAAAACAAUACUUUAUUAUGUGUUUUUUAAAUUCUUAACAAGUACAGUCUUAUUCUCUUUAAACCCAGGAUCUUAAGAAGGGUUAACUUUGUUUAAAAUAUACUGUGGUCAACUCAAAAUGUUUGGUGUUCUGUCGCUUUUUCACAAUUUUAAGUGCCCAGGCUCCAUUUACAAAAACAUGGAAAACCCCAUUUAUCAUGACAAACCACUGUGAACCGAAUGAUUUCUAGGUCAUACCUGUAAAUUUGAAUUGAACUCAUUCAUUAUUUAAACUACUUGCUACAUCUAAUGUAAGUGAUUUAACCACUAAAUUGUGCAUUGAAUAAAAGAAAUAUUAUUCUCACGUUUUAAAAGAUGGUUUUAAAUACCAAAACACGUUAUUCAACUGAAAGUAAUAUAUGUAUUCUUGAUGUCCAUACUCUGUAUUAUAAUGCAUUAUGUAUAAUUUAGUAUUUAUGUCAUAUAUUUUUAUUUUCUUUAAUGGUACUUAAUACCCCUAUUCUUUGCUGACAUGAUUUUGUGCAAUGACCAGUACAAAUAGUUGAAUAUGGAACAUUCGCCUUCAAGUUCUAUAUGCAGUCAGUGAAGUUUGCAUAGCCCUUGUUAGGUUCAAAUAACUAAUACCUGUAUUAAAAGAAAGUUUCAGUAACCAAUACCUGUAUAAAAAGCAAGUUUCAGUAACCAAUACCCAUAUUAAAAGUAAGUUUCAAUAACCAAUACCUGUAUUAAAAGUAAGUUUCAAUAACCAAUACCUGUAUAAAAAGUAAGUUUCAAUAACCAAUACCUGUAUAAAAAGUAAGUUUCAAUAACCAAUACCUGUAUAAAAAGUAAGUUUCAAUAACCAAUACCCAUAUUAAAAGUAAGUUUUAAUAACCAAUACCUGUAUAAAAAGUAAGUUUCAGUAACUAAUACCUGUAUUAAAAGUAAGUUUCAGUAACCAAUACCUUUAUUAAAAGUAAGUUUCAGUAACCAAUACCUGUAUAAAAAGUAAGUUUCAAUAACCAAUACCUGUAUAAAAAGUAAGUUUCAAUAACCAAUACCCAUAUUAAAAGUAAGUUUUAAUAACCAAUACCUGUAUAAAAAGUAAGUUUCAGUAACUAAUACCUGUAUUAAAAGUAAGUUUCAGUAACCAAUACCUGUAUUAAAAGUAAGUUUCAGUAACCAAUACCUGUAUUAAAAGUAAGUUUCAAUAACCAAUACCCAUAUUAAAAGUAAGUUUCAAUAACCAAUACCUGUAUAAAAAGUAAGUUUCAAUAACUAAUACCUGUAUUAAAAGUAAGUUUCAGUAACCAAUACCCAUAUUAAAAGUAAGUUUCAAUAACCAAUACCUGUAUAAAAAGUAAGUUUCAAUAACCAAUACCCAUAUUAAAAGUAAGUUUCAGUAACCAAUACCUGUAUAAAAAGUAAGUUUCAAUAACCAAUACCCAUAUUAAAAGUAAGUUUCAGUAACCAAUACCUGUAUAAAAAGUAAGUUUCAGUAACCAAUACCUGUAUAAAAAGUAAGUUUCAGUAACCAAUACCUGUAUAAAAAGUAAGUUUCAAUAACUAAUACCUGUAUUAAAAGUAAGUUUCAGUAACCAAUACCUGUAUUAAAAGGAAGUUUCAAUAACCAAUACCUGUAUUAAAGAAUAAAACUUAAUGUAGUCCUGUAUGCAUACAUUAUAUAAGUUUCUUUGCUACCAUGUGUUAAUAAUUAUUUUAGUUGACAUUUUCAUUUCUAUUAUAUUUGAUUUUAUCUCCGGUCUUGGGUAAAGGCCAAAGCAAGUGAAUUUAACACAACAUUCAUUGCUAUAGUUACUCUAUAAUUACUGUUUUACUGGGCUGGAUUUGAUACCAAGGCAACAUUUCAUACUGAGUAUUUCCUAACUAAAUUUUUUUUUGUGUGUGCAAAAAUGAGUUUGGAAACAUGCAGUGCUCAUAAGACCAAAAAGAUGUCGACGCGUUUUUACUUAUGUUCACAAUACAAUAGAACACUUUUUUCGGAACCAAUUUCGCCUUGUUAUUGUUCAUUGUGUGUUAAUAUGAUACGUUGCAUGUUUAUCUAAUAAUUGUAAGAUGUAAAUCAUCAAUUUAGUCAAAUAAAAUAUACAGACAAAUAA